AUGAUGGAGACAAAAAAUAUAACGGGAAAUGAAACACAUACGCCGUUAUUUGAAGAAUCGCAAUGUUCCCCGGUUUUGGUUGGUGAGUUGAAAAAACAGUCCAUCUCAUUCUCAGCGGUCAACAUCCUCCUCUCCAUCACAGCAAUUCUCGGGAAUUCUCUCAUCCUUGUUGCCCUUCACAAGGAGUCAUCCCUCCAUCCGCCAUCCAAACUCUUGUAUCGUUGUCUGGCAACAACUGAUCUGUUAGUUGGUCUUGUUAGCCAGCCUCUCUAUGCAACUUAUUGGAUGUCAGUGGUUCACGAACACUGGAGUCUUUGUCGAUACGCAGGGACAGCAACUCUCGUAACAAGCUAUGUAUUAUGUUCAGUUUCCUUGGCUACGAUGACAGCCAUAAGCGUGGACCGGCUUCUCGCCCUGUUGUUGGGACUGAGAUACAAAGAGAUUGUAACUUUGAGGCGCACGUAUAUUAUUUUAGCCACCGUUUGGGUUGUAUCUCUGGUCAAUGGUCUAUUCAGUUAUCUCAAUUACACUAUAACUGCUUGGUACGGCUUUAUAGGUGUGUCAUCUUGCCUAGUUAUCUCCAUUGCCUCGUACACAAAGAUUUUUCGCACUCUCAGUCAUCAUCAGGCUCAAGUACAAGAUCACUUUCAACAACAGCCGAGCCAAGCAAAUGCUAUGAACAUGGCAGGAUACAGAAAGGCACUGUACAGUGCACUGUGGGUGCAGUUAGCUUUAGCUGUCUGUUAUAUACCCUAUUUGACAAUGCUCGUUGUGACCUUUUUUAGUAACAGACAUUUCAUCAUACUUAAUGGAAUGGUAUUUGUCUUAGCGUUCUUUAACUCUACUUUAAAUCCGUUUCUUUACUGCUGGAAGAUAAGUGAAGUGAGACGAGCAGUAAAGCAGACAAUAAGACAAGCAAUCUGCUAUGCAUAG